CUCAAAUUUCCAAGGAUGAUUGUGCCAAAAAGGAGGUUGACAAGGCUGAACAAAUCAAUCAGAUGUCUAAUGAAAACGUUAACAAAGUUGUUAUCUUUAGCGAUGUUGAUGAAAAGAAUAACGAGGUCGGCUUUAUGGGUAUUAAGAACACUCAAAUUUUUAGUCAUGAUGAUGACUAUGCUACUGCUGAUAAAGAGUUAACCAAUGGUGAUUACAAGCCCAAAGUCAAGGCAUCCAAAUUCAAUCUUAAUUUAAAAGAACUAGUGCUCGAGAAGAAGUUGGAGAGUAUUAAACAAGAAGAGUCUAUGUUCAUUAAAGACUUGGCAAAACAAUAA